UUGUUGUUUUGGCAGCUGAGAAGUUCCCUUCUUAUAAAAGCAGAAGGCUGAGUUUGCUGAUUGGACAUGGUUUGGGAAAGGAUAUGACAUCAGCUACAGUCCUCACUUUGUUUUGUGUGCUGCUGAACUCUUAAUACUUUCACCCACGGAGUCAAUGAAGAGGUGUUCUGUUCAGCAGAAUUGCCUAGGUAUUUGAGAUAACUCUGAAGCUGUCGCUGGCUCUGAAGUUCUGGUUUGCUUCAAAAUGUUCUUGACUUGCACACAGACAGCUCAUUAAUAAAUGACUCAUGGAACCUGGAUUUUUCAGCAGCCAAGAUGGAAUUUGAACUCUCAUGAUCUCAACUGUGAAGUGAAAUAACAGUAGUCCAGCUGUCCAGACUUGCAGUGACCAUGGAAGAAGAAUAUGUGGAUACCAGCAAGUCUCAGGAGUCACAAAGUCAAUCUCAUUCAAUGUACUUCUCAAAUCCAUUGAUGGGCGAUUUUGUUUCUGACUGGUCUCCGUUACAUGAUGCUUCCAUCCAUGGGUGUUUGCUCACUCUGAAGAAACUCAUCAAUCAGGGAACAAGUGUGAACCUUCUCACAGCUGAUCGUGUAUCUCCUCUUCAUGAAGCCUGUUUAGGGGGACAUUCUGCUUGCACCAGUGUCUUGUUAAAACAUGGGGCUCAUGUAAAUGGAGCUACUGUUGACUGGAACACGCCUUUAUUCAAUGCUUGUAUUAGUGGCAGCAUAGAGUGCUUGAACCUGUUACUACAACAUGGAGCCAGCCCACAUGCUGUAUGUGAUUUGGCAUCACCUAUCCAUGAAGCUGCUAAGAGAGGCUAUAUCAAAUGUGUGGAGUCCCUUGUGUCUCAUGGAGUCAAUAUGGAUCAAAAUAUUAAGCAUCUCGGUACCCCACUGUAUGUCGCUUGUGAGCACCAGCAAGUUGACUGUGCCAAAAAACUGCUGGAGUCAGGAGCAAAUGCAAAUGUCGGGAAAGGUCUGGAGUCCCCUCUUCACAUGGCUGCUCAAAAUGCCAAUUCUGAGCUGGUGCACUUGCUCAUUGACUUUGGAGCAGAUACGAGUGCUUUGAAUGCCCAAGGCAAAAAGCCAACAGAGUUGGUCCCACCAAACAGUACAUUAGCACAGAUAUUUCUGCAGAGAGAAGGUGCCCAUAAACCUCUUUCUUUUUUUCAGAACUGAAGUAUGUAAAGGAGCUGAAGCAGACAUGUGUGAUCCUUAGUGUACAUUAUUAUAGACUAUUUUAGCCAGCAAUGUUUGCAGCGUGGGAACAUUUCAUCACGAAAGCUUGAAUAAAAAAUUCCGUGUAGACUACCUGUUGGUAUUUUUGCUAUGUUGUGAAAUAUCCUGAAGGCUUCAAAUACAACGAUAUCUGACUCACAAGAAUCCCUUCUGACAUCUCUGUCUGUUUCCACUGUUGUGUGAUGUCCCUGCAGGAGCCUGGUGUAUAUCUAGGUUGUGCAUGCCACACAUGUCUGUGUUGGGGUGUUGAAUCUUAUGGGGACAUGACUAGGUGGUUUAUUGCUGCUAUUCAUUUCUACAUCUGCUUUAUAUCAGAGUGUGGGAGAGAGGAGAAACUGCAGCUUCUAAUGAGAAGGGAACUCUUGUGUGAUAAAAAUUCAGGCAGGACUGUCUUAUUUGAGAGGAGAUUUCCAUUCAAAAGUGAUUUUUCACCUGCUGUUAAUUGCUUUGCUUAGCCCAGCUUUUUCUCCUUCAGUAACCAGCUUUGACAUUCAAAGAUAUCUCUGGAAUCUGAAGGUCAGGCGUAACAAUUGCCAAGCCUGAUGUGCCUUUGAGCUUUCAGGUGCCCCGAGAGAGCCAAAAACUCAAAGCCGUAUUGUUUAAAGGCAGCUGCUUGGGGCUGCAGACUAAAAGCUGACCUUGUUGCGCAGCAGUGGAAAACAGAUCUUAAGGCAAUAAUAUCUUUUUUUGUUUUUCUGGCAUGCCUCCUCCAGGGCCCUUGUCCUUGAUGCAGUUGUGUCGCUUGUGCAUAAGGAGGUGCCUGGGAUCCAAACAGCAACACGGAAUAAGUCAGCUUCUGUUGCCAGAUGAGCUGAAGCAGUUUCUCUUGUAUCUGUAAACCUUUUAUAUUUCCUGUUGUAUUAUUAAAGCUUUGUUUCUUA